AUGCCGCCCUACACGCGUGUGGUUAGUCUGUACGAGCGAUUCACGGUGUUGUCUGCCGCCGCCAUCCGGCGGGAGGUGCAGGCGCUGUUAGGCACCACCGCGAGCAGCACCUCGCUGUCGGAGCUGCGGGAGGUGUGUGCGCUUCUGUCGAAGAGCGGCGAGCGACGGCGGGCGCGCCUCGUCGCGGACGCCCUUCCACAGCCGCAGCGGCAGUCGUUCAUCACCGCAAUGGGGCUGGCAGACCCGCCACAUGCGUCACUUGAGCCACGACGCGAGGAGCAGCAGACGGCGACGGAAUUGUCGGAGAUGUCGAAUGAGGCGCUGCUGCGUUUGGGGUUUGCGCUGCAGCGGCCGCGGCCGCAACGCCGACGGGCGGCCCUCCACUCCGCCGCCGCCGCCGCGAAGGACGUCGAGGAGGAGGCGGCGGCGGCGGGGCACAACGCGGCCGUGCAGCGUCAGUUGUUCCUGGAGUUCCGGCGGCGGCGGCGGUACAAGGAGUUGAUGCAGUGCGUCAUGAACUGGAAGUCCAAAGGGAUCCUUCCGGCGGGGCGGCGAGGCGGGGCUGACGGCGUCCCCGCGACGAGCGAUGAGGCCCCCUUCAACGCGGAGGAGGCGCUGCGCGGGCUCAUCUUCAACACUUCCGCCUCUGCCUCUGCCUCGUCGUCGUCGGCGGGGCGCCAGUGGGAGGAGGCGCUGCGGGAGUGCCCGGGGUUUCUCCUCGGUGCCCUCCGCGAGCCGACGGCGGCCCUCCAGUUCCUUCGCAAGACGAGCGUCGAGAUGGUGACGCGGCUGGUGCUGUGGCUUCUGCGGGGGGAUGACGCGGCCCACGCGACGCCCGCACCCGCCGCGGCGCAAAACCGGCCGCGGCCGCGCGUCGCGUGGGACGCCGUCGCCUCGUUAUGCUUCGCCCUGCGGCCGCACCUGCCGCACGAGAAAAAGGUCGUGAAGAUGGACCUCCUGCUGGCGAUGCUGCGUGCGCUGCGGGCGGAGGCGGAGGCGGCGGCCGGAGGGAAGGCCGCCACGCGGCGGAACGUCAACCCGUCAGAUGCGGCUGACGCGCGCCUCGUGGCGAUGCGUUCCGCGGUUGAGGUUCUCUGCGCGUCCUUGUCGCACCAACAGCAAGAGGCGCAGGCGCGGUUCAUUGGACUUCCGCUCUUCAUUGACGUCGCCAUCGCCUUACGGGACUGCGGCGUGCGGGUCCCUAGCGCGCUGCUGCAGUGCAUCUUCUUGUGUCUCGGGGACUCGCAGCAGUGCCAGUGCAGCGAGCCGGCGCCCCCGAGCAGCCAGUCCCCGCUGGAGCGGGAGUUGCUCGUCACGAUCCUCAAUUCUUCCCCGGCGGAGCGAUGGGUGCUGGCACUACGACUGUUGCGGGUGUGCACCGAGCAGCAUGACUUUGUUGCUGCCGCCGCCCACCUUCGCUGCUUCCUCAGUGGACUGCAAAGCAUCUCGAUUAGCCGCACUUGGCAAAUAGCCCUCGGCGCCGCGCAGUCCAUCAUAAGUGAGUACCACGUCUUCCCGGAUGAGGCCUCUACGGAGAAACUGCUGUUGAAUCUGCAUGCGGCUUCGUGGCAACGCGCCUUUGAGGUCCUGCAGCUGUACGAAAGGGGGCACGUCGCUCCGCCCCCGCCGGUCUUGCGGGACUUGCACGUGGUGGCGAUGAAACACAGCUCCUGGGACGUUGUGCUGCGGGUGAUGCAGGAGAUUCAGGCUGCGGGGGCGGAGCAGGCCGGUUUCAUGAAUCAUCUCUACUGCCUGCGCGCGUUUGGCUGCGCAGGGAAGUGGGAGGAGGCCGCUGCUCUCUUCAAGGAGCUUGAAAACAUUUCGGGCUCGGAGGGGAGUGGCCUCGCCGCGUACAACGAGGUCACAGUUGCCGUGCCCGUCAUGGGCAUGGUGGAGCACGAGCACUGGGAGGCGGUGGUGCGGUUUUCUGUGGCGGUCUGCCGUCAAUGUGGGGCGGCGCUGACGCACGAGGGGCGGGAGGUGGCCCUGGCAGCGGAGAUUCUCGCGCUUGUGCGUCUCGGCGACGUGGCCCGGCUGGCGUCCUUCUUGAACCGCCACAGCGGCGAGCGCGGCGCGGCAGGGGCGUACGCGGGCGACGAGGCUCCGCUGCAGGCGUUGGGGCUGUCGCCCUCCGCCGCGGAGCUGCGCGCGCUGCUGCUGCGGGCGGCGGAGCUGCACUCGCUCUGCGGCAUGGCGCACCUCCACGCCCCCGUUCGCCUCGUAUACGACGUUGUGGCCGGCGACGCCUGCCACCGCAACCAUCACGCGGAGAGGCUCGGCCCCGCGACGCGCGGCGCCUCCCCGCAGCGCCGCCUGUACCUCCCGCCCCAGCACCUGCAGCGGCAGCACGACGGCUUUGCGGCGGCGCUCGGGGGACUGAUACGCCGCGACGAGCGACUUUUCGGCGCAGCCGCCCAGCAGGCCGCCGCGGAGGCGAUGGCGCAAGUUGGCGCGGGCCCCGCGUUCCUGAAGGCCGCGCUGCUGUAA